GACAGACUCCCGCUAGGACCAAUCAAAAUUCUGUAAAAAACAACAAACGUCCAAUGAACGCCCGCUUCCGAGUUUGUAAGGCGGGUUUUCCCGAGUGGGUGUGUGAGAGGCAGCAGAAAGAAGAGGUCAAAUGGAUUGCAAGAGUUUGAGAAACGUGAGCCUGUCUCCACGAGAGAUACACAGGUAGACCGUUGUAUCGGAGUAACAGUAGACGAUAUCGUUUACAAAGCAGCUAUCAUACAUUUGGUUCAGAAUUAAGUACAGCGGAGUGAAUGUGUUGUUUGUUCGUGUCGCGCCAUAAGGCAGUUCGAAGAGAUAACGUUAGCAUUAGCUAGUGUUACAUGUCGCGUGUUCGCAGACAGUGAGAUAACUAACGUCAGAACCAGAGUAAAAUUGUGACUUUUGCUCGCCAAAAGUCCGUAUUAGCAUCUUUUUAAAAAGCAAUGCAUGGCGCAUCUCCACAGUGCAUUAGCUUAUUAGCAACUAAGUACGUUAGCUAGCUGCUACACUUUGCAGCCUCUUGUCAUUUAUCUUGUCGUUGAGAACUUGUGGCACGGCCAAAGCUGUCAUGUUUCACUCCAUACCCCGUCGUCCGAUCUGCGAGAUCGGUGUAAACACAAUGAGGCUUCAGAGCAGCAGGACAUUCAGGCGGACUGUCGAGGAGAGCAGAGAAAAGCUCGGUCGUGUUCCGUCGCUGGGCAGGAGCAUUGGCCUGCUGCUGUCCUGGCUCCAGAGGGCAGGUGCCAGUGAGGCCGCGGGAUCUGGCCAAAAGAGGAAGGGGUUGCUGUCCAUAUUUGCGGACCACUGUGGCUUUGUGACCGGACAGAGGCUCCGACGUGCUUGUCAGAUCGGCGAGCUUUACUCAAACCUGUACUCCGAGCGCACAAGGUGGAACCUGGUUGGGAACAUAUGGCGCAGAUUUCAGAGCAAGCAUGCCCCUACUGGGAAACUUUUCGCGGCCCUGGCUGGUGUCUUCAUGUGGGAGAAUGAGAAGAUUCAAGAUGAGGAAAUUCGCAGGUGUGGACUUGAGCUACAAGAGCUGGAGGCUGUAAAACGUCUAAGCACAUCCCUGGGGGCUGUGGCUGGGCAACAGGAUCGGGGCUGGGAAGUUGUGAUUGAGAAGAAAGACUUUAGAGUGUGGAAGCGGCCUAUUCCCAACAGUCACCUCUAUGAAUACAGAGUGUUGGGCUCCUACAACGAUGUCACACCAAGACAGUUCUUCAACGUACAGUUGGAUACAGAAUACAGGAAGAAGUGGGAUUCUCUGGUUAUCAAGCUCGAAGUAGUGGACAGAGAUGUCUGUACAGGCUCUGAAAUUGUUCACUGGGCUACGCACUUUCCUUAUCCCAUGUACUCACGGGACUAUGUGUAUGUGCGUCGCUAUGAUGUUGAUGUCAACAACAACCUGAUGAUCUUGGUAUCCAGAGCAGUGCAGCACCCCAGAGUCCCAGAGACUCAGGAAUAUGUGAGAGUCCAUUCAUACCAGUCAAAGAUGGUCAUUCGCCCUCACAAGUCCUUUGAUGAGAAUGGGUUUGACUACCUGCUGACCUACAGUGACGACCCUCAGACUGUCUUUCCCCGUUACUGUGUGAGCUGGAUGGUGUCAAGUGGUAUGCCUGAUUUUCUGGAGAAGCUGCAUACUGCUGCCUUGAGGGCCAAGAACUUGGAGGUGGGGAUCCACGACUACGCAGGUAUCAUUAAAUCCAGCGACACCAACCGUCAGCCAAGCCAGGAGCGCCUCAGUGGAGAAAACACACACACAGGUGGUCCUGGACAGAUCUACGCUUGAGAUGGAUAUUUUGUAGAUCAGGGGUUGUGUAAGAGUGUUUUCAUUUACACUUGAACCCAAAUCGAACCCUCCAACACCAACUUUGGGUACAUUGCGUGAACUGCAAAUGGAAGUUUCAACAUACAGUAAAGACAAAUAUACUGAAAGUCCAUCCAUAGAUGUGGUUAUAUUGGUUGUAGAUGAAUUGUCACAAGAACAAUGCACUGUAUUGGUGACAGCAUUACAGUUCUUUCGAGCAAAUGUUGCUAUUGAAAUUGUCAUCCAGACUGCUGGCCUCGGUACAAAUUUUACUUGGCCAACCAAUGUCAUGUGGCAUUAUUUUGCCCCCUUAGGUAGUGAUGUGGUACCUGCAACCAUUGCUAAGAUCGAGCCAAAAUUCCUAAUUGUAUAGAUGGUUUUGCCAAAGUGCUGUUUCUCUCAAUUCUCUCUUUUUGUUGUCCAUUGUUUGACAAGGCUUGACUUUAAAGGCUGUUCAGACCGCCAACCAGCCACGUCACUCUUAGUGUCUGUGGUGUGGUUUCAGCAAGAUGACAUGUAAAUGGUUGUGCAGUAUUUUACAUAGCACAGUAACUACACUUGGGUUCUGGUCAACAUUAUCACGGUAACAAAACUAUGGCCAAGAUUUGUGCAUUGACAGAUGAAGGCCUGCACUGGGGCCUCUGUGGGAAACACUUUCUGACAUGUUUCUUCAUUUCAUGGACUUAAAGCCACUGGUUUCCUGACUGAAUGGGAUGGAUUAAAAACAAAACUUUAACAAAAUGAUGCUGUUGUACACAGAACUGAAAAUGUAAAAUCUAGUGUGGUGGUUUUUUUUUUUUUUUUUUUUAAGUGGAUGGCAUUGGUUUGCUGUCAGCACAGCGGAGGUUUCACACUGUCCGCCUCACUGUGUCUGUGACUUUUCAAAACUGCCAGCGUUGACAAAACAGCCUUCUGAAGAUAAACCAGUCCUUCAGCACUAGGGGCAUAGUGUCUUAUAACAACCACACAAAUCCUCAGAUACAAUGGAACCAAUGCACUUAUAGCUUGGCAACCUUACAGAGACACGUUUUAAUAAACUUGUGCUCUUUUUAGAGAAACAUGGAGCACUUGUGCCACAUAACAAUCCAUUUACAUUUCAUAUGAUUUUAACAAAAAACAAAAAAAGUUGUCCUAUUUCACGUUGGAAAUUAUUUAGAUAUCCCUGUGUUAACAACAGCCGUCAUUUUAGUUAGCACUCUUAGAAAACACAAAAAAACCAUAACUCUUAUGUGUCACUGUAGCCCUUGUGCAUUCAUAAAACCAUAGCCUGUGUACUGGAAGUUCCUGUUCUUACUAGUAUAACAAGCUCUGUAACAUUUUUCUCCUGCAUUGUGAUUCUACAGUUUUUGUUAUUAAAGUGGGUCCUACUAAAACGCCAUACAAUUCAUCCUUCCAAAUCAUUAACUGUUUGCAGGGGGUGUUUUUGAAUGUACAAAGAGCACCACAUGCUGUGGAAUAAGACAUCGCCUAAUAAAGUACACUGUUUACAGCCUAAAAAAACUGGUGCAACUAACUUGAAAUCCUUAAAAAAAAAUAAAAAUAAAAAAUCUCAUCUUGUACUAAAAUGUAAUGUCCCUUGUUGUAGGUGGUACAUCAAAGUGAAUCACCUGAAGUAAUUGUUUCGAGAUAAAGGAGUACAGUGGGUUCCACUCUGUGAAGGAAAUCCCACAUCUAGUAGCAAUAUAUCCCUAAUGUGUCAAAAAUAUGUAUAAUUCUGUUCUGCUUGAUUUAAAAUAAAAAAUGGUAGUGUAAGUUAUGAUGCACGCUUGAUAUGUCGAACGUGUGAAGGGGGAAAUGAAAUGUUUUUGAUAUUUAUCUCUUGUGUGCUCAAACAAAACUGAGGCUUUAAUAAGAUCAUAAUGACCCAAUUCAACAUUAUGCAAUAUCUGUUUAUGUUCAGCUUGAGAACAUUGAGUAACAUUUCAAUGCUCUGUCAUAUGUAGACACCUGCUUGCCACCUGCAGUAGUCUAAAAGUUGUCACAUACUAUUUUUGUUUUUUCGGCAAGCAGUAUAACAUUUGUUGUGAUUUGUUGCCACACGUGAAUUACUUUAGGAACCGUAUGGAUAAUUCUAUGAGCUGAUGCACUUGUAACCCUGUGAAUUCAAGAGUUAUUGAGAUGGAAGAGCAACUAAUCAGAUCAAAUAAACAGAUGUUCAUGUGUGUC